AUGGACGAGCGCGAUCGGUACAUCGACAACCUCUUUAACUCCGGCGAAGCCUCGUACGAUUUCUACCCCGGCCGCCAAAUGGGUUUCCCCGCCGCCGCCGGCAACGGCUACUCCGGCUGGCCGUUCUCCUACCCGUCCCACACCUUCCCAUACGACGACGCCGCCGCCGCAUCCGGGAACUCCCUCGAGGCCGAAUUUGGCCGCUUGAGCAUCUCCGGCCGCUCUACCGCCGCCGUUGGCGGCGGAGGCGUCGGCUUCCCCUCCGACAUCGGGAGCAUGCAGAGGCUGAGGGCUCAAUCGGCCGCCAGGGCACAGAAUUUGAGCGGGCCGAACUUGUUCCUCGGCCCGGGCAUGGGCUCGUACGAAAGCAGCUUGAGCCCAUUUAACAACAAUCUCAAUGGUUUGAACAAUCUGAAUCAAUUCACGCCUAAUUACUACGGUAGGGCUAACGGCUCUAGUCUCAGUGGCCUCAACGGGCUGUCCUCUGGUUUUCGCGAUUAUCUUCCGGGUGAAACCGGGCCAUGGAGCCUCCGGCCGGCGUUGGCUAAUGGGUUCAGCAGUUCGUCGAGGCGGCUGAUUUACACUUCGCUGACCGAGCUGAGAGGGAAAAUAGCUCUGGCGGCCCGGGACCAAAUCGGGUGCCGAUUCUUGCAGAGCAAGUUUGAGGAAGGGAAGCCGGAGGACAUUCGAUUGAUCUUCUCGGAGAUUAAAGACAGUAUUUGCGAUCUCAUGGUUGACCAGUUUGGGAAUUAUCUUGUUCAGAAGUUUUUCAGGGUUUGCAAUGAGGAUCAGAUGACCCAAUUGCUCUGUGUGCUGAUCAAUGAUGAGAGGAAGUUCAAAGAAAUCUGUACCGAUAUGCACGGGACAAGGGCUGUUCAGAAGCUGAUCGAGCAUCUGACGAAUGCCGAGCAGAGGUCUCUGCUUACCUCUGUGUUGAGGAGGAUAACUCUCCCUCUUGUGAAGAACAACAAUGGCCAACAUGUCAUUCAGCAUUGCUUGAGAUACUUCAAGGAGGAUAACAAGCAUAUCCUCAAUGUAGUAGCUGAUAACUGCUUAGAUGUAGCCACCGACAAAAGUGGAUGUUGUGUGUUGCAACAGUGCCUAACACAUUCUUCUGGGGAGCCUCGUGACCGCCUUAUGGCACAAAUAACAUCAAACGCCCUAAUUUUGGCCGAACAUCCUUACGGGAAUUAUGUUGUGCAGUAUAUACUGGGAUUCAAAAUGUUGCAUGUGACUGCUGAUAUAAUGGCGAGUUUAUCUGGGAAUUAUGUGUCGCUGUCGAUGAAUAAGUAUGGGAGCAAUGUUGUGGAGCAAUGCCUGAAACAGUCAGAGGGUGAUCAAGCGCUUCCCAUAAUUGAGGAGCUCAUUCGGAGCCCCCACUUCUUAAGGGUUCUGUUAGAUCCUUAUGGCAACUAUGUUGCUCAAUCUGCACUCAUGGUUUCUAAGGGAACAGCUCAACACGCGUUGAUGAAGCUUAUUCAGUACAAUUACGCAUCCUUGCACAGUCACCCUCAUGGAAAACGAGUUCUCGCGCGUACCAAAGGGAUUAAGCUGCGCCCGUGA